AUGGCAACACCUUCUGAGCAAGAUCCAUCCGUUUUGGGCGGUUUCAGAAGGGGUCUUCGAAGAGUAUGGAGUCAAGCGUACGACAAAAUGGCACCAGAAAAAGAUAGAGAUAAAUCAGGUGAAACAAGACGCCAUCCUCAUUCUGCGGAUGUGACACGACGAGAUCACCGUCAUAAAUCAAAAGAUUCAUCUCACAAACAUAAUUCCAAAUCCACUGAUUCGUCUGCAGAAGAAAACUAUGAUUCUAAUAAUAAACAAAAUGAAUCGAAAGCACAUGAAAAUCAUUCAGAAAACGGUGAACCAGAACGAUGUGCUAUCUGUAUGGAUGACUGUAUCAAACCCAAACGACUCAAUAAAUGUGGUCAUCAAUUCUGCACCGAAUGCAUCGAUCAAUAUUUUAACAGUGUCAAACCACAAUGCCCUUGUUGUUUUACUAUUUACGGAGAUAUUCGAGGUACUCAACCAGAUAAUGGUACUAUGAAAUUCAUUAGAACGAAGCAUCAUUUACCAGGUUACGAGAAAUCAAAUGGUACAAUCCAAAUCACUUAUUUUUUCCCCAAUGGUAUCCAAGAUGAUAGACAUCCGAAUCCCGGCCGACCUUAUCGUGGAACACGACGUGAGGCGUAUUUGCCUGACACUCGCGAAGGUCGAGAAAUACUUAAACUUUUACAAAAAGCUUUUGAACUUCGUCAAGUGUUCACCAUUGGCCAAUCCCGCACGACAGGUCAAGAAAAUGUCGUAACAUGGAAUGAUAUUCAUCAUAAAACACAUUACAAUGGUGGUGUUGAGAAUUUCGGCUAUCCUGAUAGCACUUAUCUUAGUCGAGUCCGACAAGAAUUGGCAGCUAAAGGAAUUCAAUAA